UUAAUGGAAAUAAAUAUGUUUAAACGGCAAUUUCUGAAUGGAAUGAUAUAAAAGACAGGUAAGAUGUACUGAUUAUCAACAAAAUGUUGCUCCAUACAAUAACAUGUCAUACAAACACAUUUUUGAUGAGUAAAAAUCAAAUUUCUAACGGCCCAGUCAUUGGAAUGAGUAAUAAUCGCUAGCAUCGUAGUAACUAGUAUUACACAGGUAAAGUUCAAAGGUCACGUAUUUAAAUUUUCUAACGGCCAAGUACGUAAGUGGUACGUUAUGAAACGUCGGAAUCAAAGUAACGAGUAAGAUUCAUUACACAUUGAUAUCGAAGAUGGGAUAAAUCUAACCCUUUUUUUUACAUUAAUCUAACUCCGGAACAGGCAAGCUUUAUGAUACAAAUUCAAUAAGUGGCUGGAAUUGACGUUAGAAAUACCAAAGUUUAGUUACAUCAAGUAAAUCGCAAGAAGUUUUGAAAUGUAACGAGUAUUGCAUUCGCCAUAGAGGUGGCCGAAAAAGUGAUAGUUGUAAGGAGUCGCGAUUUCGUGCAAUCUUCCUCUUCCAGUGGCUGCCUCUUCGGGGGCUGCCUCGCUUUUCCAGCGGGCCGCGGGCACUGGUUUUCCCGAAUGCGUUGCCAUUGGGCUGACCGCAGCUUUUCCACCCCAGGAACUUGGCGCUGGCGCUCUCGCUCUCGCUGUUGCUCCCACUCUCGUUGUUAUUGCCACCGCCGCUGCUCUCGCCACUCUCUCUCCCGCUCUCGUUUUGAUUCGUUUCGUUUCGCUCGUUGGCACUCGGGUCGCCGAAAAAUGGAGACUGCUGCUGCUGGCGCUGUUGGCGCAGGAAAAUCCAUUUUCCAUUUUCCUACAUGCGGACACUGGCUCAAAGUAUCGUGUGCGGCGGACGUCCUUGUCGUGCGUGCGUCGUUUGCUCGCGCUGACGGUGUUUUUUUUUUGUGUUGGGUUCAGGGAGCACAUCCACAUCGCAUCGGGCAACAUGGAAACAUAACCACCAGCUAGGCGGAAUAACAAGAAGGCCCAAACUAGAAGAAGAAUAGAAGAACUCUGUAUUUUGCAAUCGCACAAUUGGAAUUUCGAAUCGAUUUAUAAAGUGCUGUGUGUGCUUUUGCGGUGUUCGUGGUGUGUUGCAUUUUCCGAAGAUGCCUGGUUUUUUCUUUUUGUUUAGUGAGAUUUUCUCGUCUUUUUUUCAUCAAUUUCGGUGAAAGUGCUGUGCAACGAAAGGGAAUACGCAAAAACGAUUUUAUUGUAGAAAAUCGCGAGAGUCCCCGAAGGAGAAGGCCAUACAUAGAAAACGAAAAGGAGAAGGAAAAGCGAAAACGAAGCAAAGGCAGCGCAAUAAGGUUUUCACCUGCACACGGCGCCUUUAAAGUGCUGACGCUGAAUACUACCCGCCACUUGGAGGCCAUGGAAGCGGGCUAUUUAUGGAUGGCAUAAGUAAAAGGAGUCCCAAUCAAUUUGAACACCAGUUCAGCAUCUUGCGGCGGUUGCUACUACACCAAGCUGGGCGAGAAGAGGCCACUCCAGAAGGGCUUCGCCGGCGAUAGGCGAUAGGCGAUACUGGGGUCCUCACUUUGAACGGAAGGAGAGGAGAAGCCAACCCGAUCGAACCAUGAAACAUUCAAAUAUUUCCAUACACAAGGACAUGAUGGAAUUCGGGUAACUGCAACCGAGAGCAACGUAAACAACUAGAAGUAGGCCACCUUCACCGCACAUACUUCAUUUAGCGGUUACAAAGCGCGUUAUAGAUCAUGAAGCUCAUGAGGGAUAUUUGCAGAACGCGUAAAUGAAAUCACACUUUCGAACGAAGCAACUUUGAUAUAUAGCACCCGAACCGAACUGUUCCCAGCGGAUCAGUGAGAACCAGGACGAACAGCAGGACGAGAAGGAGGACGAGAAGGAGGCCGACGGGCCAGAGACGGCAGCGAAUCCGCCGCCGCGCCAGCGGGCACAGCGGUCAUGGAACCACCCGGCGGUGUGCCGCCGGACAGGGAUCGGCAGCUGGUGCUGCGUAAUCAGUCGGCGGCUCUCGUGCCCGUGGUCGUAUCUGCACCACCCACGGCAACGGGUGCCAGCACGCCCACGCCCACGCCCACCACACAGCCACCGGCACAAGCCCAGUUGUCGCUGGUGCCCAGCAAGCCAACCAGUCUGAGUCUUCAGCCGCAUGUCGUGCUCCAGGCCAUGCAACAGUUGUCGCCAUCGGCGGGUGGUGGCAACAACAAUGCCAAUAGCACAGUUGCCACCGCCACCGCCACCGCCACGAGCAGCAGCAGCGGGAAUGCGAAUAGCGGCAGCAGUCCUGCCCUAGCCUCCACCGCCACGGCCAUAUCGGCCACAACGCAGGCAGCCACUGCCUUCAGUGGCAGCUCGGUGGGUCACCACCACCUGCAGCACCACCACCAGCAUACGCAUCCGCAUGCCCCACAGCAGUCGCAGUCACAGUCACAUUCACAGCCACAUCCACAGCACCAGCAUCAGCUCCAGCAACCGCAUCCGACUACUGCGCCGAGUACAGCGCCACAAAGCCACCAUCAUGGCUCCAUAUCCGUCAGUGGGUCAGGCGGCGGACUGCUCGGUUCCAGCGGCGGCAGUGGCAACCAACAGCAGGCCAUCGAGAAGCUAUCGCGACCCAUGGCUUUCGAUAAGAUGGAAAUGCUGGUGCGGGAGAUGCAGGAUCAGGAGCAUGGCGUGCCUGUGCGGCAGCAGAAGAUGUUCCUGACUUCUAUACCAUAUGCGUUUAUGGGAUACGAUCUGAUUGAAUGGCUGAUGGAUCGCCUGCAAAUCGAGGAGUCGGAGGCCCUCAACAUUGCUAAUCAACUGUGUCUGCACGGCUACUUCUUUCCGGUCAACGACUCCAAGACGCUGACCGUGAAGGACGACUCGUCGCUGUAUCGUUUCCAAACGCCCUACUAUUGGCCCUGGCAGCACAAGGCGCCGGAUAAUGUGGAGUACGCCAUCUAUUUGGCCAAACGAUCGCUGCGCAACAAGCAGCGCCAUGCACUGGAGGACUACGAGGCGGAGGCACUGGCCUCGCUGCACAAGAACCUGAAGGGCAAGUGGGACUUCAUCUCGAUGCAGGCCGAGGAGCAGGUGCGGCUGGCCAAGGAGCGCAAGAAGGGUGACAAGAUCGUGGGAGACUCGCAGGAACGAGCUUACUGGAGAGUUCACCGUCCACCACCUGGCCAGUUCACGCCGUUGGAGCCAUGUCCAGUGCCUUCGCGCGAUCGUCAGGGCCUCAAGCCCAAUAAAAAAAAGACUGUCGAUGACAUGCAGCGCGACGUUGACUACUUGGGCAAGUCGCUCAAUCGGACGCGAAUGAAGAUGUCGCAGGCCUGCGAGUCGCUCGUUUGCUACUCGGAGACAUUCUCCGAAUACGAUUUCUUUCUGCAGCCGGCACUGCCCUCCAAUCCGUGGGUCACCGAGGAUAUUGCCUUCUGGCAGCUGAACAACACCUUUGUGGACAUACCCACAGAGAAGCGCGUCAAGCGCUGGGCCAUCUCCAUCGAGGAGCUCGUCUCCGAUCCCACUGGCCUGCAGGAGUUCACCAGUUUCCUGGAGAAGGAGUACUCGCACGAGAACAUCCGCUUCUGGAUAGCAGUCAAUCGAUUGCGCCGUUCCGCCCACUCCCAAGUGGCGCGAAAGGUCAACGAAAUCUACGAGGAGUUUUUGAAGCCGGGCGCACCGUGCGAGAUUAACAUUGAUGGCAAGACCAUGGAGAGCGUGCUCAAGGGCCUGAAGAAUCCAUCGCGGUUCACAUUUGACUCGGCAUCGGAGCACAUAUACAUGCUGCUGCUGAAGAAGGAUUGCUACCCGAGAUUCAUACGGUCGGAGCACUACAAACGCCUGCUGGACACCGGCAUUCAGCCGUCGUACAAGAAGCGCUUUUUCAACUUUGGCGGCGUCAGCGGUGCCAAGAAGAAAAUGACAGCGGCGCUGAGUAGCCAGCCGAAUCUGGGGGAUGCGGCCAAAGGACCCAGCGGCACAUCCGCCGGCAGCUCGAUGAUGCAGGCUCCACCGCCUGGGAAUCUCGCCCGUCGUCGUGGCAGCGAUCGCAGUCUCACCGGCUCCGCCCACGAGCUGGCCGUGAUCGGUGUGAACAAGGAUGCCGGCUCCAAGGUACCGCACUCUCAUUCCCAGAGUAAUCUCAGCGAAAUCCCCUUCAGUAGCGAUUCAAUUUAUCGAGGCGAUAUGCCACAGCGCCACAUGGCGAUCAUGGAUAUUGGGAUAUAUGCGGCAUACGGCAAUCGCGAAAGUAGUUUGCAGGCACUUCCAGAAACGCCAAAAACGAAGACCACCGUCCUCGACGCCACGGAGUCCACAUCAUCGUCCACAGCUCUGGUUGUGGCGGCGGCCAGCAGUGCCGUCUGCCCGUGGGAUGAGCCAGCCGAACCAGUCCCGCCGCCGCCAGCGCAAGUAAAGCUAUCCGUGUGUCCCUGGGAACUCGAUAGUGCCACAGAGCCGCCAACAGCAGUUGGAGUAGGAGGAGCGUCGAAGAUCCCAAGUUCCAGCGGGCAACCACUGCGAUUGAAUAGCACUUCCUCGGACAACAGCGAUGUGAAUGAUCGAAUGCAGCGCAAUUUGGGCAUUCGCCAUCAGAAUACCGUGGACAGCGGCGAAGCAGGCAUAAAGCGUCUGAUUCCCAACAUUCCGGAGCAGCGUCGGGCCUCAGUCUCAUUUACACCAAGCCCCACUCCGGAUUUCCAGCUAGGACGCACUCCAACGACCACCUCCUCACCCACUGUGGUGCCCAGCAGCUCCACGCCGCUGCAGGCGCGCAGCGCUGUGUACGGCAGUGGCCAAGGCAUCGCCAAAGAUCCACCAUCCGGCUCGGAUGUCGAUGCGGAAUUGGAGGAGGAACUCAACAAAAUAUCCCUGGGCGAGUCCUCGACAUCGGAACCGCCGCUUCUAGUAGUACCCACCCCCGAACAGACCCCGCCGCCCAUAACCAAGAUCACGCCGCCGCCGGGAGAAAGCGAGAAUCAGGCGGAGCAGCUGGUCGUUUCGACCGAGAUCCCGAUCCCGGAAAGCUCCUGCUCAGCGCAAGCCAAUCAGCUCAACGAAUCACCGGCGACUGUGACCACGGUCAAGGAGGUCCAAAUCGAACUGAUCGAGCAGAGCAGUGGUGUCCAAACAGAGCCAGGUAGUCCGCCCACCAUUAAGGUCCUGGUGCUAGAAGCAAUUACGCCCGUGUCCGCUGAGAUUGCAGCAGCAGAACCAGGCGAGGAUCUGAAACAGAUGGCCACCACGGCCACUAUGGCCGCCGCCACCACCACCAUCACCACCGAGGAUCAAGCAAUGCGGGUGGACGACACAGAAAUGGCCACGGAUAUGGAACCGACGGUCCUGGACGAGCUUUCACCAACCACCGACGAGUACCAGGAGGGACUGCAGUUUGGCGAUGCCAAGGAUGCAGUGGACGACUUUGACAGCAUAGACGUUGGCUAUAUACCGCCGGCACCCACCCCGGCGCCAUCCAUGGCGCCCCUGGCCGUGCUGGACGUGGACACCGUGGACGACGAGCCGUGCGAGCCAGCACCGUCAGCACCUCCUCCUGCACCGCCCAGCAGCAGCAGCAGAGAAUUGGUGAUGGCCUCCGGCUCGGCCUCAGCCUCGGCCACGCCCACAUCCAGCAACGAGGAGGCGCGAAAGCGGCGCAAGAAGCGAAACUCGGAGGGCAAGAAACUUAGCUCGCAGGACGAAAAGGACAGGGAGGCGCGCGAAAAGGCCGGCGGCAGCAGCAUGGAUGCAGCUGACCACAAUGCGGUGUGUCCCUGGGAAGACGAGAACGUCAGCACCAACGACGGCACCUUCGUGAAGACAUAUGCCACACUGGGAUACUUAUGAAUAAAGCCCAAUCUGUUCAAGACGGUGGUCAACAAGUUGCUGAAAAGGAAGCCAUUGAUGAAGUAGGGCCAGGCCUGGGUAGCUAAGUUUAUUAUACGGAGUAUCUAUUAUAAUACCUACACAUGCAAACAUAUUAUGUAAAUGUAAGUAUUUGAUUAAUUGAGUGUAUGCAUAUGUAAAUGUUAAAUGCUUCUCAAGUUCUUAAAACCAUUCAAUCAAACGAGGCGCAGUGGUUUAUUGCUGAAAAUUUCAAUUUCAAUUGAAAUGAAAUGAAAUGAAAUGAAAACGGUCUAUGAAUGCUACAAAAAUACAUACUUUAUCUACAGACGUACAUACUUAUUUACAAAAACCAAGUGGCUAACGUGGCUAACAUGGCUAACUAGAAUAACGAGAAAAAUCAGAUGAUAACUAAAUGGAUAUUAAUGUGUUUAAAGUCGCGAGUGCCGCCUUCUGAUCACUUGUAAAAAACGAUAAUUAAACGGAGAUGAGAUUCGGCGCAGCAGACACACUUUAAUGUAUACAAUGUAUAUGAUCUUUCUGCACAUAAAAACAAAUUUUCCAUAGUUAAUUCCAAGCUAUACAUAUAUAGAGUCCCCCUCAAAGUCAAAAACAGUAAUCAAGAUCGAGAUAAAUAGACCAUAAAUUGUAUUAUAAUGUUAGGACAGCAGCAGUGGGAACAGUUUUCACAAUGCAUCUGCGAUCAACUAUGUAUUUUUUCCCCGGAAAAGCUCUUGUUAUCCCAGCAAAAAUUGUGACAUCGAACCCUGAGCUGAGCUGAGUUGGUAAAGGGCAAGCUGGUACCUAGUACCUGCUACCUGGUACUUGAAAUUAAAUAUCCACAUUGUAUUCUCGGUGCCUUGAGCUAGAACUGCUGCCUGCCUGCGAAUGGCGGUCAGUAAUGGGGACAAUACUAUUUGAAAUUGUGAUGGGGAUCAUCCUUGCCCUCUGCCAACUCAAAAAACCCCCGAGAUUUAUUCAGCUAGUAAGUACAAAGUGGCUCCGAUUCACCAACUAUAAAGCUAAAAAUGUUACGGAAGUUACAAGCCCCUCGGAUAAUUAAAUGCACAAGUUGCUGCGCAAGUAGUUGCCACUUGAAAUCUCAGUUUAUUAGUUUAAUAGUUUCAUUUCACGCGUACAUGCCAGAACUCACGAGCCCCAAAUUGAUGUGCAGUGCAAAUGAAACACAGUUUGAAAAACGCAAAUAUUUAGCAAAAUAUUUAGCGAUUAGCAUAGAGCCAACGUAGCCAAUCAAAAGUGUAGAUCUACUAUCCCAGAUUAUUAUUAUGUAUUUGCCCAUGCGAAACUGACUUGCGCGAUUAACUUGUGCGUUUUAGAUUAUAUACCUACAUAAUAUGUAUGUCCUAUGACUACCGACUAUCGACUACCGACUACCUAGUAAUUUUCUCUAUUUGACUAGAAAUGUAUUGAGCUGCCCGCCCAAACCCCAAACAAUCGCAGAAAUCGAGCUAUGCCGUAAUUACACAAACCACUUAGAGCCAACAUCGAUGGGAGUGGGGAGAUGGGAGGCGAGAUGGGCCGCAUCUUUAAGAUCAAAUUGUGCUGUUCGAUUCGAACGUGUUAACUUAACUUAACUUAAUGUGAAUCUUACAGAUAUAGACGAGAAGAAUAUAUGAAUAUAUGAGAACAGAUAAAACAAAGAAAUUAGAGAAUCAAAUUAAGAUGAAAUCCUGGUUGUUCGCGACUAAUACCUUUAUAUGAAUCGAAAGAUGAUAACUUAUCGAAGAACUAUUACAAUCUAAGUACAUAUAUUUCUAUUUUCAUUGUGCAUAUGAAUUAGCUACUUUACUGUCGAAAAAACCCGUUUUGCUGGUAAACAAUCUUUAUAUGGGAUAUCUGAAUAUGUGAAUAUCUGAAUAUCUGAAUUCUCUUUGUGCUUUCUAUUGCUAAACAUACAUUUUUGAACUACUUCAAUUAACGAGACGAAAAUCCAAAGCUGUAACACUUGAAACACAUGAAAAUCCGAGAUCCACACGUAGUAGGUCCACAAAAUUGAUAUCCAAUGUAAAGAGCGUACCAAAAAUCAAAGCAAGUGUUGCAUAGAUAUUACGAAACAUUACGAUGGAUACGGGGGGGAGUACAUGCAUCAGUAUAGAGCAAAUUGAACUUAUAUAGAGCAUAUAGAAAAAUAGGAACGAUGUGCCGAUGUGUAGGGCGUGCGUACAAAAUGUGUACAUGAAACCACCGUUAACUUUGCUUAAUGCGAGCCGAGCAAUUAAAGAGUUAAAUCAUAAAAAAUACAGAAUACAAAAUACAAAUGAAAAGUGGAAAAUGCAAAAUGAAAAAUGGAAAAUGAAAAAUGAAAAAAAGAAUACCUAAAGCAGGCAGAAUAAAUCAGCAGCAGCAAUAGUUCCGAAAUUGUUGUCGAAAUAUAAAUAGCAGCUUUUAGAACAACACCAAAAGAAGUUGUAGUAAAUGCGGAGGAAAAUUGUAUUGUUGUUGUUUUUUAUGUACAUUUACUUUUUUGUAUUACCGUUGUUGUAAGUCAAAUAUGCCAAAAAUGAAUAGUUUACUAAGAGUUUACAACAAACAAAUGAUUCAAAUGCAGGCAAGAUAUGAAUUACUUUAAACGCAAAUCGCAAGAACAAGUUCCGAAUGUUUUUAGUAGUCAAUGGUGAAUAUCUUUUAAUCGCUUACACUAAGUGUUCCCAUGCAUAUUUAUGGGUUCCUUGCCGAAACAGAAACAGAAAUCUUAAAUAAACACAAAAAUAUAUAACACAAGAGCGCGGCUGUCGACUUUACUCUGCCCGGUACUCAAAAUGUUCAAAUAAGAAAAAAGUGAAUAGAUUUAUUGAAUCAUUGAUGCAACAGAUAACGACUUUAGCUAAUGGAUAAUCGUGUUAUUAGAUCGUAUUUAAUUGUUAACUGAUUUUAUUUGUUUUCAAUUUCGCUAUAUUUAAACGUUUACAUUCUACAAAAAUCGUCCCAGUUGAUAGAAAAUUGCUAUACAAAAUCAUACAUUCACAAAAACAGAGGAAAUAUACAUAUGUAUGUAUAUAUAAUUUCAAGUAUUUAACUUUAAAAUGUACGUAUAUUCAGUUUAAAGAAGUUCUACAUUUUAUAAUGAAUCAGAAAUGAUUUUUUAGAACUGUGGGCGAUUUUUCGACUGUAGUGUUGGAAUUUCGAAGCCAAGAACGUUGCCUGUGCACUUAGUCGUACCGUACCAUUAUUUAUUUGGAUUAUUUGGAUUUUUGAGUAUCGGGUGAGCAUAGAACUAGGAAACCAUUCGAAUUCCGAUGGAUUGAUUGAGCCGCCACAGCGCCAUUUUGAUAAUAAGAACAAACAACAAACAACAAAGAACAAAGAACAAAGAAUUCGAUAACUAAUGUAUGUUUAAUGAAUUACCUAAGUAUGUACUACUUCACGCGACAGGUGGGCGAGAUUGCCCUACAAAUAUUUACUUUAAUUUCUGGAUAAUUAGUGCUCAUAUCACUGAUUAGAGGACAGGAAUGCGCAAAACAAUAUGCUUAAUACAUAAGAUUCCAGAGCUUUUAGUAACGCCAUGUAAAUUCUGGGUCAUGAAUACAGUUGUGAAGAUUGAAGAUUGAAGAUUGUAACCGAGGCGUUUGUUAUUAUGUAUUCAAGUCAUUUACUAUAAGUGUAUACAGCUUAUACUAUUACAAAAGUGUUAAAAACAUGAAUUAUUUUGAGAAAAAGAAACCCAAAAAAAAAAAAAGAAAUGAAUAUACAACAAAAUGUUAGUCGGUAAAUGAAAUCAAAUGUAAAACAAUUUAAUGUAGACUGUACUAAAGAAUUCAAGGAAAUUUGAAUAUCAACACUCCAUCACGCAAAUAACUAAAAGGAAAUUCGCAAAUUGAAUAGAAGUUGAUGGGAAAAUUAUUUGCACA